GAGAACUGGCGAGAACUGAAAAAUCCUCCUUGCCUGUGUCGGUGUGAAAGCCAGCCAACAAACAUGGCCGUUACCGUUUGCACCCGGUUUAGCGAUAACUACGAGCUCAAGGAAGAGCUAGGAAAGGGUGCAUUUUCAAUUGUUCGAAGAUGUGUCCAAAAGAAUACUGGAUUAGAAUUUGCUGCAAAAAUAAUUAAUACUAAAAAAUUAUCUGCUAGAGAUUUUCAAAAAUUAGAAAGAGAAGCUAGAAUCUGUCGGAAGUUGAAUCAUCCUAAUAUAGUGCGACUACACGACAGCAUUCAAGAAGAAGGUUAUCACUACUUAAUAUUCGAUUUAGUUACUGGCGGUGAACUUUUCGAAGAUAUCGUUGCUAGGGAAUAUUACAGUGAAGCCGACGCUAGCCAUUGUAUACAACAAAUUUUAGAAAGUGUUAGCCAUUGCCACCAAAACAGCGUUGUGCAUCGAGACUUAAAGCCAGAAAAUUUACUAUUAGCCAGUAAAGCCAAAGGUGCUGCUGUAAAACUAGCGGAUUUCGGUUUAGCAAUAGAGGUACAAGGAGAACAACAAGCUUGGUAUGGCUUUGCCGGUACACCUGGUUACUUAUCUCCUGAGGUUCUCAAGAAAGAUCCAUAUGGAAAGCCUGUUGAUAUAUGGGCCUGUGGUGUUAUUUUGUACAUAUUACUUGUUGGUUAUCCUCCUUUCUGGGAUGAAGACCAGCACAGACUUUAUGCACAAAUCAAAGCUGGUGCUUAUGAUUACCCAUCUCCAGAGUGGGAUACUGUGACCCCUGAAGCAAAGAAUUUAAUCAACAGUAUGUUAACAGUUAAUCCAGCCAAGCGAAUUACUGCCAGUGAAGCAUUAAAACAUCCUUGGAUAUGCCAACGAGAACGUGUUGCAUCAACACUACAUAGGCAAGAGACUGUGGAGUGCUUGAAGAAAUUCAAUGCUCGUCGUAAAUUAAAAGGUGCCAUUCUCACAACGAUGUUAGCCACAAGAAAUUUCUCUAGUCGAAGUAUUAUGGCAAAAAAAGGUGAAGGUUCUCAAGUUAAAGAAUCCACAGACAGUAGCACAACAUUAGAAGAUGAUGAUGCAAAAGCAAGGAAGCAAGAAAUCGUAAAGAUUACCGAACAGUUAAUAGAAGCUAUUAAUACAGGAGAUUAUGAAACAUAUACGAAGUACUGUGAUCCUCACAUGACUGCUUUUGAACCAGAAGCACUUGGUAAUUUAAUUGAAGGAAUGGAUUUUCAUAAAUUCUACUUUGAUAAUGCUUCAGGAAAAAAUUGCAAGUCUAUGAAUACCACAAUCCUCAAUCCAACGGUGCAUCUGCUUGGAGAAGAUGGUGCUUGUGUUGCUUAUAUUCGUCUAACACAAUAUGUUGAUAAAGCAGGGCUCGCUCACACUCAACAAAGCGAAGAAACCCGUGUCUGGCACAAGAGGGAUGGCAAAUGGCAAAGCGUCCACUUUCACCGCUCUGGAUCUGCUUCCUCACCUUUCACUUCCACACACAAAUAAUGGACUUCUCUUUCUCUCUGUCUCUCUCUCUCUCUCUCUCUGUUAUUUUAUAUUCUAGUUUUGAAAUGAUUGGUAGAAUUUCAUGACAGCUAUAUCUAGCUUCAUUUACAUUGAAUAAAAAGAAACAUCACACCUUGUUAUGCAUCCCUUUUGAAAUAGCGAUUCACAGCUUUAUGAAAUGCAGAAGAUGUACUAAAUGCUAUUGUUGUGUGGUUAGCUCUGACCUAUUGCAUUGUACUACUGUGGCGUCACGGAACCUAAGCCGUGGGCGUUACAUUAUAUAUAUAAACGUUAUUUGUACUUCAUCAUUUCAUCAUCCUCUUCUCAUCUACCCUCUGAGUGUUGCUUUAUUGAAAAUAGUUUUGUACAGCAUGUUAUAUUUUCCUUUAUGUUGGAUUUCAUUUAUUGUGUUUUCCUGUUUCGUAUGACCCUCACAAUGGGCAAAUUAAUGUAUCAUAAUAGAGUAGAAAUAUUUUUUACAGAACUUUUUUAAGUUUUAAAGUCUAUGGAAACGAUUGUAAGGUGUAGCUGUGUGUCAUAGAAUGUAUGAUUGUCAUAUUUGUGUUGGUUUUAAAACUAUAAUUUUAAGUUGCAAAAAAGAUUAUGUUCAAUUCCUUCUGCAGUUCUGAAGUUAUAAUUAUGCUGCUAAUUUAUUAAACAAAGAUUUUUUUUUAAAUUACAGAUAUUCAAUUACUCAUUCAUCUUUUUUGAGAAUAAAUAUAUGAUGGAUAUGUAAAUCAAAUCUAUACAUUAAACCUUAAGAUAUAUUGUACACAAAAUCUUAACAUGUAUAUUAGACUGGUUCAAAAAUACAUGUAAAAACAGUUUCUCCUAGAUACCAGGACACCCCUCAAUAUUUUUAGACUUGUGGAUAGCAAUGUACUGGAAGAAUUUUGUCUUCCUAUUUCAACUGAAAGAGGGUGCUCAACCCCCUCUCUCAAACUUCAAUAGUAUGGGGAGGGGGGUUAAAAAAAUACACGAAACUGAAAAAACAAUGCUACAUAUUAUAAUAUAUACAAAAGUAAUAUACAUUGCAAAAAAAAAUAUUAAAAAAAAAACAAUUUGGGAAAUUAAAUGUUUCUCAAUUUGUGGCAUUUUCUAUGAUACGGCUAAUAUUAAAUUGAGGGUUCAUUGAUCACCGUCUUAAGAUUUGAGUAAGAAGCUAAAACUUUUGCAGCAUAAUACUAUUAGUAAAUGUAAAAAAAAUAGGGGGUAUCCUGGACUCUAGCUGAAAAAAAGUUUUUUUGAACCACCCUAAUGUAUAUAUUAUAUACAUUCCUAAAAUUCACAUUAAAUUUAUAAAAUAAUUAUCUUUGUCAUAAAAGUUUUAUGUAGUAGUCAACGUACUAAA